UGUCCUGUAGGGUUGCAAUGAGUCGGCAUGGACUCAAAUGGCAGUGAGUUUUCCAAGUUUCAAUACCCUUAGACAAGGCAUGUGCGAAUUCAGACGUUGGGGGUAAUAUUUAGGUGGGAGGAUAGCAUUCUCAGUAGAAAUUUCACAAGGUCUAAAGAUGCAUUUUGCCUGUUGUGUGCUCAUCUAGAGUUUCCAAAUAUAGGAAGUUUCACAUUCAAAUUUUGAUUUUAUUUUUGCUGCUUUUAAAAUUCAGAAAGUCUACUAACCUUGAGCCUGUAACCCUUCUUGGUGACAGUUUUUUAGAGCCGAGUGGCCAUUGCCUCUUUAGAUAACAUGCAACCCCCCAUUUGUUCUAUCCCCUCAGCCCCUGCCCACCACCACCCCACUUACUCCUAGCCCCUCCACCUCUCUUUCCCCUACCCCUCGUUGGAAGCUUGGAGCCCCAAAUCAUGGUGCCUGCACGGUUCUUUCUCUUACAGCAGAAUUUUGAGGGACGCAGUCUACCUUACACUACUGAUAGGACUGUGUAAGAUGUCUGGUAGCCGAGUGGGUUACACAUUGGACUGCUAACUACAAGGUUAGCCGUUUGAACCCAGCAGCUGCUCAGAGGGAGCCACCUUCUCCCACAGAGGUUUAUAGCCUCGAAAACCCAAUGAGACUGUUCUCUGCCUCUGAUCCCGGUGACUUGGAAUCAGCUGGCUGGUGGGUAGUGGGGUAAGGGAUCUGGGAGGGUUGCAGGUAUCAGGGAGUGUGCUUCUAAUGCUGAACCUGGCUUCUGUAGACAUGAGUUUGUGCCCGAUCUACCCCAGGACCCUGGUGAGCAUUAUGAAGAAUCCUCUGGUUUGGGUCCCUCUGUUACUGGCCCCUCAGCAGCCUCUGAUGGCAAUGCCCGUGCUUUGGAGACUGCCUCCUGGUUCUCCUGGCUCUCUGAAGGGUUCCUUUUCUGUUCUUAUGUCCUGUGGGGUUUCCCCGGCCUGGACUGUUCUCAGGCUCCUCAUGCUUCCUGGGAGAUCCCACACCCGUCAGUGUUUUGUUUAUUUUACUGUGGCUCUGUCGUUGGGAAAUCAUUACAUAGUCUGUGGAGCACUGUUGCCUCCCAUCCUCAUCCUCAUUGCUGGGCACUUUCUCGUUUGGUUAUUCUCUCAAUGGGUGUUUUCCAAAAUCUGAUGGUAAGAAUACAUACACAGCAAAGCAUGCACCCACCCAACCGCUCAACCAUUUCUGCAAGUGCAGUUGAGUGACGGGCGCACAUUCUGCCUGUGUGUCCUCGUUCCCACAAUCUCUCCCCAGAUGAUUCCAUCAGACCCGUGCCUCCUGAGCUGCUCGUCCAUACUUCAGUGGGCCUGUUGUCUAUUUGAUCUCGUUUCUGUCAAAAGAGCCCAAUGGCCAAGGCAAAGAGUUACGCUAUUUAUUUUUUUAUUCAAUGAACUAAACUCUUGUUUGUUUUAUUUUUUAUUUUCUUGUUUGGUUUCAAGAGGACAUCCGGGGAUAGUUUGAGCUCAAGGUUUAAAGAACAAAUACGCCCCUGGCUUUAACUGCUACCUGGGGACUCCUUAGUGUUAAGUUCUCACCUGGACUUUGGUCUGCAUUCCCAGUUUCUGACUCACUCACUGAGCCAGCUGCCUCUGGGCCACAGGAAUCUCAAGCCACGCAUGUCCAAAUCCAAAUGGAUGGUCAGCCCCCUCCCCCCCAUCCUCCUCCUGUCCUUACACCUAAUCUUGGGAAUAGUCCUCGAAGCCAAGCCGACUUGUCCCAAUCCUUGACUCCUCUCUCUCCCCAGCUUCCCUGCUACCCAACUCCUGUCAGUCACUGAAUUCUGUUGAUUUUAUACUCUGAAUAUUGUCAAAUCUGGCCCCUUCUCUUUUAUCUGUACCGCUUCCUCUUCCAAGCCCUCGCCAUCUUUUCAUUGGACUACUGCAUUGGUCUUCUUCUAACUGGUCUCCCUGCCUACAGUCUUGCCUCCAGCAAAUCCAUCUUCCAGUCCUGGUGCCAGAGUGAUCUGAAACGCAAGUAUGAUCUUGCGUAAAACCCACCAACCGAGGGGUGGUUCUGUAACCACAAUGUAGCCCCUGACCGGGGCUGAAACUUCGGGACUGGAACCCCUGGCUUCUCCUCCAUGCUGUACGGAAUGAAGAUUGCAAAUUUAGCCUAUGUCACCAAGACUCGGGUCAGGUUCUUCAGACUCGACCGCUGGGCCGAUGAUGAGUGUGUUCCAGAAGAGAGGGAGAUGAAGCUAAGCUCAGAUAUUAGUCAACACCACAAGUCGCUGCUAGCCAAGAUCUUUUAUGACAGGGCUGAGUAUCUUCAUGGGAAACAUGGAGUGGACGUAGAGGUCCAGGGGCCGCAUGAAGCCCGAGAUGGGCAACUCUUUAUCCACCUGGAUUUGAACUGUAAGAAGGAACUGACCCUGAGGCUUCACAACGGAGGAGUCCAGCCGGUCACCCUCACCCACCUCUUACCACUCUGCCGGACCUCCCAGUUCACCUUCUACAAGGAAGACCGGGAGCUGCCCUGCCCGCUGGGCCCUGGUGAAUAUUGCGAGCUCCAUGUCCACUGUAAAACCAGCUUCGUGGGCUACUUCCCAGCCACGGUGCUCUGGGAGCUGCUUGGACCCAGGGAGCCAGGUUCAGAAGGAGCUGGCACUUUCUACAUCGCUCGCUUCUUGGCUGCUGUGGCCCAUAGCCCCCUGGCAGCCCAACUGAAGCCCACGACACCCUUCAAACAGACCCAAAUUACUGGCAACCGUGUGGCAACCAGCCGGAGGAUCGAGGAAGGAGAGAGGCCUGACUGUGGGAAGGGCUACGACCUGGAGCUCAGCCUGGGCCUGGGGACAUACUACCCACCGACCCGCCUCAGGCAGCUACUCCCCACGCUGCUUCAGGAAAGAAGCAUCUUCACUGCCCCCAAGGAGAUCGCUGAGACCAAGGCCCAGUUGGAGACCGCACUGAAGAGCAGGAACUAUGAGGCGAAGCUCCGGCUGCUGCUGCACCUGGAGGAGCUGCAGAUGGAGCACGACAUCCGCGCCUACGACCUGGAGUCCGUACCCAUGACCUUGGACCCCGGGAACCAGAACCCCCGCCUGCUCACACUCGAGGUUCCCGGGGUGGCCGAGAGCCGCCCCUCAGUGCUGCGGGGUGACCACCUGUUUGCCCUCCUGUCCUCCGAGACAACUCAGGAGGACCCGGUCACCUACAAAGGCUUUGUGCACAAGGUAGAACUGGACCGUGUCAAGCUGAGCUUUUCCACGAGCCUCCUGAGCCGAUUUGUGGAUGGGCUGACCUUCAAGGUGAACUUCACCUUCAACCGCCAGCCCCUGCGCGUGCAGCACCGGGCCCUGGAGCUGACAGGGCGCUGGCCACUGUGGCCCAUGCUCUUUCCUGAGGCCGCCCGUGGGGUCCCGCUGCUGUCCUCAGACAUGCAGCUCAAGCUGUAUGACCGGAAUCUGGAGUCAAACCCAGAGCAGCUGCAGGCCUUGAAGCACAUUCUUGUGGGCACCACACGGCCAGCCCCCUACAUCAUCUUUGGGCCUCCAGGCACUGGCAAGACUGUCACCUUAGUGGAGGCCAUCAAGCAGGUGGUGAAGCACUUGCCCAAAUCCCAUGUCCUGGCCUGCGCUCCGUCCAACUCAGGAGCUGACCUCCUCUGUCAGCGGCUCCGGACACACCUGCCCAGCUCCAUUUACCGCCUCCUGGCCCCCAGUCGAGAUGUCCGCUUGGUACCCGAGGACAUCAAGCCCUGCUGUAACUGGGACGCAAAGAAAGGGGAGUAUGUUUUUCCCGCCAAGGAGCAGCUGCAGCAAUACCGUGUCUUAAUCACCACCCUCAUCACUGCCAGCAGGUUGGUCUCGGCCCAGUUUCCCAUCAAUCACUUCACACACAUCUUCAUCGAUGAGGCCGGCCACUCCAUGGAGCCCGAGAGUCUGGUGGCCAUAGCAGGGCUGAUGGAAGUCAAGGAAGCGGGUGAGCCUGGAGGGCAGCUGGUGCUGGCUGGAGACCCUCGGCAGCUGGGGCCUGUGCUGCGUUCCCCGCUGACGCAGAAGCACGGGUUGAGCCACUCAUUACUGGAGCGGCUGCUCUCCUACAACAGCCUGUACAAGAAGGGCCCCAGCGGCUUUAACCCCCAGUUCAUAACCAAGCUGCUACGCAACUACAGGUCUCACCCCACCAUCCUGGAUGUUCCUAACCGGCUGUAUUAUGAAGGGGAACUGCAGGCCUGUGCUGAUGUGAUUGAUCGAGAACGCUUCUGCCGCUGGCAGGGUCUGCCUCAGCAGGGCUUUCCCAUCAUCUUUCACGGCAUAAUGGGCAAGGACGAGCGGGAGGGCAACAGCCCGUCUUUCUUCAACCCGGAAGAGGCUGCCACUGUGACUAACUACCUGAAGCUACUCCUGGCCUCCUCCUCCAAGAAAGGCAAAGCCUACCUGAGCCCCCAAAAUGUAGGGGUCAUCUCCCCAUAUCGGAAGCAGGUGGAAAAAAUCCGUCUCUGCAUCACCAAGCUUGACAAGGAGCUUCGGGGACUGGAUGACAUCAAAGACUUGAAGGUGGGCUCUGUGGAAGAGUUCCAGGGCCAGGAGCGCAGCGUCAUCCUCAUCUCCACCGUGCGCAGCAGCCAGAGCUUCGUGCAGUUGGACCUGGACUUCAACCUGGGUUUCCUGAAGAACCCCAAGAGGUUCAACGUGGCUGUGACCCGGGCCAAGGCUCUGCUCAUCGUGGUGGGCAACCCCCUCCUCCUGAGCCAUGAUGCCGACUGGAAAGCAUUCCUGGAGUUCUGUAAAGAAAAUGGGGGGUAUACCGGUUGCCCCUUCCCUGCUAAACUGGACCUGCCGGAAGGGCAGAAUUCACUGCAAGGUCUGCGCAAGCUCAGCUCCUCAGGGCCUGCCAGCCAAGACUCCAAGCGGGAGGGUGAAGGGGGCCUCGCCUUGCAAGUGGACCCGGCCUGGAGGAGUGAGCUCUGAAGACACAGCUGCGGGGCCUGUGGCCUCGCACACCAGCCAAGCCUUAACCGCCUGACCCACAACCGGAAUCCUGCCUGACAUGACCCAGCUGCCUCUGCGCCGUGGGACAGGAGGCUGGCCGGGGGGAAGAGUUUACAACUCAAGCCAUUCCACCCCCACCUCUGCUGGGGACAAUGACACACACACACAACGAACUGCUAGCAAUCGGGGAGGGGGAGGAAGAAAACGCUGAAAACAAAAAAUCUUGUUUUAUGUAAAAGUCUCCAUGACUCAUGGGGGUGGGGGACCCAGCUUAAAGUGUCCCCAAGCUGCCCAACAGAGAAGGGUGGAACUGUGGAACCAAGUGCAGGGCCACACCCCUCCCUUCCAGAGCCCUGGAGGAAACCCAGUGGGAGGUGGCCGUGAAGCCACCCACAGCCUUCUAAGUUUAGCCCCAGCUGCAGAGACCCCUCCCCUUGCCUGCCUCCUAGGCCCAGAGCCAGGCAUGACCUCAUCCCUUGCUCCAAGGCCCCACCCACCAGCCCAGUGGCCUAGCUGCAGCGUGGCCAGCCUGGCAAUCCACUUGAAGAGCUGGGACUCCAAGCUAGCAGCCAGGCCAAGGGAUCAUGGAAGACAGACAGGAGGCUGCCACACACCUGUUGGACCCUAUGUCCUUUAUUCAUACCCCCAGCAGAGUACAGUCAGAGACAGGGCUCGGCUCAGCUCCUGCCCAAAGCCAGCUCGAGGGCUGGGAAUCUGGGUCCAUCACCUUCCAAUUUGCCUGCCCGAUGCUGCUGGCAGCCAGAAGUGUAUAAAGUGCUGGUGUGUGACAGGUCUCUGGGGAAGGCCAAGGGGAGCAAGAGCCCCACCUAGGCACAGGAACUCUGGGAAAGCAGGGCCCUGGCCAGGGGUUCCCAGAAGGCUGCGAGGGGACCAUCACCACCACAGGCUGGGGAAGCUCCGUGCAGUCCUGGGCUGGAGAGAACUG